AUGGGUGCUGGACUCAAGCCAAAGGAGAAGGACUAUCGCCUGCCCUUCCACAAUGCGAUAGCCAUUUUCAACGAGAAGACUGGCAGAUACGAGUCAGUCGCUCCAGCCGCCAAACCGAAGAAGGCGGUCACCACCAUCGGGUCUGUUCCUCAGCCCAAACCGCGGCCAACCAAAGUCCAGAAGGCCGCAAAGCCAGCGAAGACCGCCUUGUUUCCCCAUCUCUUGCCCGGCAAAGAUGGAAAACUUGGCCCAAAGCCUUUUGUCAUUCGAAAGGUGAGGCUGCCAGAGCCACAGCCUCCAACUCUUGCCCCAGCCAAACACAAGUAA